AUGAGUGUUGAAAAAUUACAGAUCUCAAAACUCAUAUUUAAGAACAAUUUGUCGCUUGACUGCAUCAAAUUUCCAAAUCUCUCUUUAGAAGUUAUUUUUGGGCUUAUAAAGGACUUCAAUAAAUUGGAUAUUGAUGGAAAAGGAUAUGUAGACAAACAUACGAUUACAAAGGCAGUAAAAUAUUACGAUGAACAACGAUCAUACGAUGAAGUUCGUGCGACACUAAGAGAGUGUCAUAUUGAUAGCAGUGGACGGGUAGAGCUUGAAGACUAUAUUGAGCUUGUGACAAAACUGCGUCAAGGACAUAAUCGUGGGGCAUUUGGUGUUACUAAGAACAAGAUUACAGUCCGAGGCUCGUCAGAUAAUGUUACACAUACGAUCAACGAAGAUGAACGUUCUGAAUUUACACAUCAUAUUAAUAAUGUGCUUUCUAUGGAUGAAGAAAUGCGUGAUAGAGUCCCUUUUCCGACCGAUACAAUGCAGAUUUUUGACGAAUGCAGAGACGGGCUUGUACUUUCGAAACUCAUUAAUGACUCUGUCAUGGACACAAUUGACGAGCGCGUCUUAAAUAAACCCUUACGCGGAAAGCCUAUUAAUAACUUUCAAAUGACAGAAAAUAAUAAUAUUGUUAUUAAUUCUGCUAAAGCCAUUGGAUGUUCUGUAGUGAAUAUUGGUGCUCAAGACCUGAUUGAUGGAAAAGAACAUCUUAUUCUUGGUCUUAUUUGGCAAAUUAUUCGUAAAGGGCUUCUUAGUAAAAUUGACAUCAAGCUUCACCCUGAACUAUAUCGGCUAUUGGAGGAAGAUGAAACACUUGAUCAGUUUUUAAGAUUACCUCCUGAACAGAUUCUUUUGCGUUGGUUCAAUUUUCAUUUAGAAGCUGCAAAAUGGCAUAGAAGAGUGUCGAAUUUCAGCGCAGAUGUAUCAGACGGUGAAAAUUAUACAAUUCUUCUUAAUCAGUUAAACCCAGGAGAGUGUUCAAGGGAACCUUUACAAAUAAUAGACCUUUUAGAAAGAGCGGAAAAAAUUUUAUCUCUUGCUGAGAAAAUUGACUGUCGAAAAUAUUUAACACCUAGUGCUCUUGUUUCUGGCAAUCCAAAACUUAAUCUUGCCUUUGUCGCUCAUCUAUUUAAUACAUAUCCAGGCUUAGAGCCAUUACAAGAAGAGUUUCCUAAAAUUGAAGAAUAUGAUCUAGAAGGCGAGCGUGAAGCAAGGGUUUUUACUUUAUGGUUAAAUAGUCUUAAUGUCAAUCCCGCUGUUGUUGAUUUAUUUGAAGAUUUGAAAGAUGGAUUGGUUUUAUUACAAGCUUAUGAUAAAGUUGUAAAGGAUUCUGUUAAUUGGAAACGUGUUUCUAGGCCUAGAGACGGUGUAGAACUUUCACGAUUUAAAUGUGUGGAAAAUACAAAUUAUGCUGUUGAGUUAGGGAAGGGUCUCGGAUAUUCUCUUGUAGGAAUUCAAGGAGCAGAUAUCGUUGAUGGGUCAAGGACAUUAACAUUAGCUCUCGUUUGGCAAUUAAUGAGACAAAAUAUUAUACAGACCCUUAAGUCUUUAUCUAAAGAUGGAAAAGAUAUAACUGAUGCAGAUAUGGUUUCUUGGUGUAACGAAAUGAGUCAUAAAGGAGGAAAAUCUAGUAGCAUUAAAAGUUUUAAGGAUUCUUCUUUGAGAAGUGGCAUAUUUUUGUUAGAUAUAUUGAAUGGCCUAAGAUCUGGCUAUGUUGAUUAUACCCUCGUAACUCCAGGUAUUACAGAUGAAGAUGCUUUUUUAAAUGCCAAGUUAGCAAUUUCUAUUGCUAGAAAGUGUGGUGCCCUUAUUUUUCUUGUGCCAGAAGAUAUUGUAGAUGUUCGUUCACGUUUGAUUUUAACAUUUGUUGGAAGUCUUAUGGCUAUACACUGA